UGCGCUCGCGCAUGCGCCGUGUGCGAUAUCGCGUCCUCCCGGGAGCGGCAGUAGCGGCGGAGGAGCCGGAGAGGGGCUCAGGAGCCCGAGCGGGGCCGAGGCCCGGGCAGGAGCGGAUCGGGCCGGGGCUAUGGCCGAGGCGUCUCCACAGCCCGAGCCCCGGCCCGUCCGCCCGCAGGCGGCAUGAGGGAAGAGGCCGAGGGAGCCGGGGCCGAACCCGGCGACUUCGUGCAGCUGAAGGUGCCCAUCGUGCAGCAGCUGUACCACUGGGACUGCGGGCUGGCCUGCUCCCGGAUGGUGCUCAGGUACUUGAAGCUCCUGGAGGACGAUGCGGCGUUUGAGCAGGCGCUGCAGGAGCUGCAGCUCACCCGGAGCAUCUGGACUAUCGACCUGGCCUACCUGAUGCGCCACUUCGGGGCCCGCCACCGGUUCUGCACGCGGACGCUGGGCGUGGACAAGGGCUACCGGAACCAGUCCUUCUACAGGAGGCACUUUGACGCCGAGGAGAGCCGGGUGAACCAGCUGUUCGCACGGGCCGCGUCCUGCAAGGUGCUGGUGGAGAAGUGCACGGUGACUGUCCGGGACAUCCAGGAGCACCUGGCCCAGGGACACGUGGCCAUCGUCCUGGUCAAUGCAGUCCUGCUCCUGUGUGACCUGUGCUCCAGCCCCGUCAAGUACUGCUGCUUCCUCCCCAUCGGCCAGAAGUGCUUCUGCAGGGGCCCCGACUACCAGGGCCACUUCAUCGUGCUGUGCGGCUACAACCGGGCCUCCGAGAGCAUCUUCUACAACAACCCGGCCUACGCGGACCGCAUGUGCAGCACCAGUGUGACCAACUUCGAGGAAGCCAGGACCAGUUACGGUACGGACGAGGACAUCCUCUUUGUGUACUCCGACAGCUGACCUCGGGCCCGGCCGCCCCCUCCCUGCUGCUGCUGUGCCCUCAGACGCCGACGCCGGGGGUGGACAGGGAGCUUUGUGCCUGCACCCCCGGCUGACCUCAGUGGCCAGCCCUCCGCCCGUCUCUCCCCCAAUCCAUUGGGUACCGGGGGAGAAGCCCAAGCAGGCGAGCCCCAUGGCGGCAUCCUGGCCCCCUGGCAUGGCACGUGGGCGGCUUCUGUGAGGAGGAGGGCCCGCCCCCAGCCUUUGGCGGGGACGGCCACGUUCUGCCGUCUUUGCCUUGUUUCCAUCAGGGAGGAGGUCCUCGGGACCCCCACUCCACCGUGCCUGGUCUUGGGGCCGCCUCCAGGAGAGGCUGCCCUUCCCCCUCCCCAGCACACACACUGGAAGUCUUGAGACAGGCCGCCCGGCCGCCCAAACCAGCAAAUGGAGAAGGGAGAGGGGAGACCACUGCUCCUCCGUGGCCCCCGCUCUAGUGGCCCCUUGCGGGGCCUGGCAAGCCUCUGUAGGAGAGAGAGACAGGCAGCCUUUCCCUCGUGCCACUGGCUUCGGGGCCUCCUUGCCCAGAGAGGAGUUGGGUUCCUGAUGCAGACAGGAAAGCUGAGCUCUGACGGGCCCCUUCAGGGAGGGCACGUUGUGCCCCCAACCCCCCUCAGUCCCGUCCCUGGGGCGUCUGCCUUUUUCCUCGGCUGGGUCCUUGCCCGAGCUGCCGAGGCCUUCAUUGCCAGAAUGUGGCCAACAAGCCAGUGAGGCUGCGGCCCCCCACCUCGGCCCGAUGCCAGCCACCGGGCCGCUUGUCCCAGAACUCGGGCCCCGCUACGGGGAGCUGGGGCUCAGACCCCCCGCUCCUGGGGACCAGGGGCACAGCUCGGGGGUUGUUGGGCCUCCACCCCCAAAGCUGCCCAUCAGGAAUGUGGGCAUAGGGUGCCAGUCAAGGCUGGAGUAUCCAGGGUGGUCGGUUCUCAGCCCCCAGCAGCCAUUGGGCACACGGGUUCAUUCCUGGUCCCGGGUCAGCCGAGCGGCGAUCUCCCCGUUGGAGGCCUCAGUGCUGUUCAGUGGGACAAAGGGGGGGGCCUCUCCCUAGCCGCGAGCAGGGUGGUGGGCCGCAGGAGGGUUCCUCAGGCUGGGCAGGGGACCCCACUCGUGGGGUACGGGGACAGAACAGGAGACGAGCUCGGAGCUGGCCAGGUGGAGGCUGGGAAUCCAGCCAGAGAAAUGGUGGCCAGCGACCCCGGGAACAAGCCUCCCCCCCCAGCUGGGGGCCUGGAGAGAUCUGGAAGCCUGGCUGCCUGAGUCCAAUCCUGUGGGUGGGGGGCCCUGGAGCCCUCAGGCCUCGUUGGAACCAGAACCUGCCCCUGCCGGUUGCUGCUCACACGUUUUGCUUCCUCUGACCACAGGAAAGGGAUAUUUUACAUGCAAAGAAAUUUUAUACAUAAAUAUAUUUUGUUUGUAAUGAGCCACUCAAUAAAAACCACUGAUCUCUA